AAAUAAUUUGCAUUAAUACAUAAACACUAACUCUGUCUAGCUAUAUAUAAACACUUAGUGACAAAUCUAAUCAAGUAUAGUAUCUUUACUGGGAUUGUUCUUCACUUGUAAUGGCAAUGCUGCAACCUCUCUUCCUUCAGCUUCUUGUUUUCUUCUCCUUAGGAAGUUAUGUGACAUCUACAAUAUUUACACUACAAAACAGUUGUAGCUACACGGUCUGGCCCGGUACGCUGUCCGGAAAUGGCGCUGCUGUACUAGGAGAAGGUGGCUUUUCUUUAGCUCCUGGCGCAUCAAUUAACUUCCCAGCGCCACCGGGCUGGUCUGGCCGCUUCUGGGGCCGGACCGGGUGCACCUUUUCCUCCGAGGGUAUUCUAACCUGCCUGACAGGGGAUUGCCCCGGAGGCCUAAAGUGCACGGGUGGGGGUACUCCGCCAGUAACCCUAGUCGAAUUCACGCUCUCUGGCCCGGAACAAACAGGUAAAGACUUUUAUGAUGUCAGCCUUGUGGACGGAUACAAUGUAGGCAUGGGGGUUAAGCCUUUGGCUGGAUCUGGGGACUGUCAGUACGCGGGCUGUGUGACGGAUUUAAAUGCCAAUUGCCCACCAGAGCUGAGCGUAAUCAAUGGUGGAAUUGUCGUUGCCUGUAAAAGUGCAUGCGAGGCGUUUAAUGCACCGGAGUUCUGCUGCACCGGUGAUCAUGCAACGCCUGCAACAUGCACAACAACGCAAUACUCGGUGAUGUUUAAGACCGCUUGUCCAACGGCCUAUAGUUAUGCAUACGAUGAUUUAUCUAGCACAUGUACUUGUAGCGGAACUGAUUAUCUCAUCACUUUCUGUCCAACUGUGUAGUAGGGUGUGCAAGUUUUUUGUCGAAUUUUUUUGUUAUUACAGAAAUUUAAGUGUUCAGAGAUGUAAUUGUAUCAA